CAAUGUGGCUGGUGCGCGUACCAAACCGAAAAUCGUCAGCAUAUGACACGUCACGUUAUGCGGCACACACAAGAAAAGCCCUUUAGAUGUCCUUAUUGCCCGCAUAGAUUUUCCAGGAACGAUGCCCUGAAGAAUCAUAUAAAAAUACACGUCACAGAGAAUCCUCUUCAGUGUACGGACUGUAAAUUCAUGGCUACGACUUUGGAGGAUCUUAAAAAUCACGAAAAACAAGAUCACAAGCAUGCUUGCUCGAUGAAAACCGGUAUCAAUGCAAGUUCCAUCUCAGGUCCAGACCAGGUCGAUGGUGAAAACUCGAUUGUGCCUGCGAGGUCGGUAGUCGAAGUAGAUGAGGUCAACGACGUCGAUCUCGAGAUAUCCGUGUCGACUUCGACUGCUGUGCAUGACGUUGCUCGCUUAUCCCCGGCCAGUUUGGGUGGUCAGGUUAUCACGGUGGAUGGUAGCAAAGAACUUCGGUGCAAAUUGUGCCCUUAUGAAACCAGACGUCGACAGCAUUUAGAACGUCACGUUUUGCGGCACACAAACGAAAGGCCUUUUGUGUGCCCGCACUGUUUACGACGGUUUUCCAGGAAGGAUUCUUUGACGAAGCACGUGAGCACACAUGCGGGAGACACGCCUGGUCAAUGCGUGUAUUGCUGUCAUAUGGCUUCCGACAAGAAGGACCUUGAAAACCAUAUGAAGGAAAAGCACAUCCAUUUCUGUAAGGUAUGCCGAAGAAAGUUCCCUACAAAUAAGACUUUGCGCGGGCAUGAAGCAAAGCAUUGUAAAUUCGGUUGUAAACACUGUGUUUUCUCGUCAAUUUUUCGUAACAAGGUCGAGCGCCAUGUUCGUCUGGAACAUAACGCAGAUGACGAAAGCGUCGUUGUAAUCCGAUUGCUUUCCUCUGCAUCCCAAGAGUUAUCAGAGCACUCCCAACGGCAGUCGCACUUAUCCCAAGGACAGGACGAGCCUUCUCAGGAACUGACUGAAACGCCUCAAGAGCCACUCGAUUUGAGACUACGUAAAAAUCUUUAUUUAGAACUGGCAAAUCUACACGAGAAAAAAUGA